CGCGCCCCUGAGGGCCUGACACUGACGACCGACCGUGGCCAUGGCGCCCCCGAGCCUCUCGCGGGCUCUGGGCCUGGGCCUGCUCGCGCUCUGCCUCCUGGCGCUGCCCGGUGACGCCCGUGCCCGCCCGGCGGAACGCAGAGUCGGAGAACGCCAGAACCUGUCACUCAGUGACCCGCAGGUGCAGAAGGCAGCGCAGGCGGCCGUGGCCAGCUACAACAUGGGCAGCAACAGCCUCUACUACUUCCGCGACACCAGGAUCCUCAAGGCCCAGAGUCAGCUGGUGGCCGGCAUCAAGUACUACCUGACCCUGGAGAUGGGGAGCACAGCCUGCCGGAAGAACGUGGCCACCGGAGAUGGCGUAGAUGUCACUACCUGCCCCCUGGCCACAGGCGUGCAGGAGGAGAAACUGCGCUGUGACUUCGAGAUCCUGGUGGUCCCCUGGCAGAAUUCCUCCCAACUUCUAAAGCAUAACUGUGUGACCAUAACCUAGACCCCUUCAGGCACGGGAACCGGAAGGAGCAGGUGCAGCGCGGAAGGCACACAUCCAUGGAUGUAUCUGUCACAAUAAAGUGCUGCCGGCUUCUCACA